GAUGAAUACUUCGCUCAAAAUGGAAACGACAUGGUGCAAAUUGGCAUGCUAUCCGAGCAGAAUCCCUCGUCGACGCCGCUUUCGCGUCCCGUCAACCGGCGGGACAGUCCUCCUCCGCACCGACUGUACAUCAACGAUGAGCACGUCAGCAAGUACGCUCGCUCGGACAGCCGCAUGUCCAUCGAGGGCAGCAACAGCGAGGAUGAGGAUGCCGGUUCGCAGGAGUCCGGCAGCGGCGCCAAAACGCCCUCCUCGGACAUGUCGCUGCGGCUGCGCAGCUCCGACAGCGUUAGUCCCAAAUCCGAAGGAUUCUCAUCGUCGCCCAUGAGUGUCUGCGGGGAUGAAUCGGGCUCGUCGUCAUCCCGCGGCGGCGGCACUCGUGCGGUGCUGGAUCUCAGUAUCUCCACUGCGUUUUCCCGCUCUAAACACAGCGCCGAUGCCGACCGGACGCCGCCCACUUCCGGCUACGCCCACAACCUGGUGCCGCCCUACAGCCCGCUCUCCUCCUCCGCCUCCAUGUCCACGUCGCCCUCGGGCUCCCCGUCGGCGACGCCGGAAGUGAAGAUGGACGAAAUCUCCGUGCACGAUAUCGCCAAAGAAGAAGUCAUUGAUCGACGCGCGCGCUCCUCCUUCAGCGAUUACCACAGCCGCCCCGGGGGACCGCUUGCGGCGGUGGCUACGGCAGGCCCCGCUGGCGCUACCGCCCGCUACAGCGAUUUUGAUCUGCCGAAAAACUUUUACGGCUACUACGUGUACCAGCUGGAAUUGGCCAGCCGCUUCAGCAGUUCACUGAAGACGGUUCCCAACGGAAACAGCAGUCCGUUGGUCGGCAAGGUCAAGCCGACGAUGAAGAGCGAAGCCAAGGAGGAGGACGUCGUCAGCUACGGAUCCCUCUUGGAACAGGCGCUGCGGAACGGUCUGAAACGCAGUCCCAGCGAAAUCCCUUCCGGUCACAGCGAGAAGAAGUCCAAACAUUCGACGCCGGUAUCCACGCCGCCGCCCUCGCAAGCCAACAGCCCACCCCAUCAAGGCGGCAGUCAGAAUGUCAGUCGCACUAACACUGCGCACAUUAGCGUGGAGGAUGUGGCCGAAACCAGUUUGCGGGAGUUGCUGCACAGUAAGCAGAUGCAGGAGGCUAAAGCGGCGGCAGCGCUGUCACAGGGUCUGCCUGCACACGGCACAUCCUCCCACGGGAGUCGCAGCUCGUCGCCGUCGGUCAACCUGAAGACCCUCCUGGAGACACAAAACCGCGAGGGAAUGAAAGGUCAAGGCAGCGGGUCAUCGCGAAGUAUGGGCGGGGAUGUGGCCUUCCCCAAACAUGCCAUUCUGCAGCAGCAGCUCCACGUGCCCAGUGGCAAGCACUUUGCCGCAGGGCAACCGCUCUUGUAUCCGCACAUCCUGACGCGCCAAGCCAGUCCUCCGCCGUCAAUGGGACGAGGAGGGCAGGACGGCGGCUCGGCGUUUAUUGCACACUCGGCGGCAUCGCUGGCGCAGCCACCGAUCGGCAUCGGAUUUAAGCAUCGGAAACUGCUGGAAUGGACUGCAGCGGAUGUCCGUGACUGGAUUUCUACGCUGAAUUACUGCGCUGAAUUCGCUGAUAUUUUCUUGCAGCAGUCGGUGGACGGAGUGGCACUGACGCUCUUGAACGAAACCCAUUUGAUGAAGAACUUUGGCAUGAAACUAGGACCGGCCAUCAAACUACGCUGCGCCGUGUGGGAAAUCCUGGGUUUAUGCCAAGCCGCCGGUGCGAUGCAGCCUCAAAUGCAGAUGCCUCAUUUUCUAAACCAAAAACAGAUCCCGGUGGGACAUUGCAUUCCCCAGAAUCACAACAGUGCCAUGCCAAAAUCAUAGGUCUUUGAUCGCAGUGCACACUACUGCACAUCCCCGGUUAGAAAAAGGGAUUACCUAUUUUGACAAGAUAACAAGUGGAAUGUGUUGUUCUCAAAGUAUCGGCGUGGUUUUUAAUUGUUACUUAAAUAAUCGUGCACUUCCGGUGCACAAUUUUUAAAUAAUUGUCGAGUAUUAGUCAAUAAGAUUCUGCACAUGCAUGAGUUCCCAUUUUCUGACAAUAUUAUAUAACUAUGUAAUUUCUGUUAUUGGUGUUUAUUUGAUCUUUUAAUGAUUUUGAAUUUUUGUUUUGUAUUACUAGAUUGCUUAUUACUACGUCUUAUUCUUUUGUAUUGUCAUUGUUGUUUGUUCUGUAUUAUACCAGAAAUUUCGGGUGUUAAAAUGUACAUUUCUU